ACGUACACACACGUACACACGCGUACACUGCUGCUGUAUAGAUUACCCUCAGAUUCUUAUUUUUUUCUAAUUUUUUGAAAUCUCCAUUUUAGAACCCACUGGUGCAUCAAAAGGUGGCCAUGGCUGGGACAGUGUACCGGGAUGUGGUCAGUUCCUGAUGGCCCACUGCUACGAACACCAGGCAGUAUUGUUUGAAUCUAUGCGAUGCGGGAGAUGGAUAGGCAGAGCCCAGAAAACAAGCAGGCGAUCAGAAGUAAAACCGGAGCCACCACAUCGUCAACCGUAACCAUGGCAACAGCCGGCUCCAGCAGCAGCACUUGCGUGCAGGUGCCCCCUGCUUCUCUCAGCGUCAUCCCGCCGGACAGACAGGCUGUCCAGGUGAUCCAGCAUGCCAUCCACAGACCUCAGAGCAUGGCUGCCCAGUACCUCCAUCAGAUGUACGCGGCCCAGCAGCAGCACUUCAUGCUGCAGACGGCAGCCCUGCAGCAGAACCAGCACCCGUCCCAUCUGCAGACCCUGGCCACCAUACAGCAGGCUUCAGUUUGCCAAAGACAGUCACCUUCUUCAUCCGGCAGCAGUCUGGUUCAGCCUGCGGGCGUUUCCCAAAAUCCAAUCACUUUACCAGCAUCUCCAGUGACCGCCCAGCUGAUUGGCCAGACUCAGACAUCCACAGCUGCCACCACCAUAUCCCAGCAGGCCAUGCUCCUGGGGAGCAGACCGGGUAACCGCAACCAGGCCCAGAUGUACCUUCGAACUCAGAUGGUAGAAACCUCUUUAAAGUAUUUCCUUCUGAUUUUAACUCCCGCAGCCACGGUGGCUGCAGUUCAGUCAGACCUCCCUGCUGUGACCUCCUGCUCCCCUUUACCCUCCUCCUCUCAGGUGCAGAAUUUGGCUCUGCAUGCCCAUUUGCCCGGAGCGCUGGCUGCAGCCCACCGGGUCAUCUUAAAGCCGCCCUCCAAGCCUCUGACCCAGCCUAAAGCUGCUUCCUCGUCUAAGACGGCAGUCUGUGCUCUGAAGCCCAAACACCUGCCCGACACCUCAGCAGAAACAGGAUCUUCAGACGUCACACAGCUGGCUCCAGUCGACCAGCAGCUCUUUGCUCCGGCGAACCGGCGGCUUGCACACCACCAGCUCGCGCUCCAGCAGGCAGCGGGGGCAGCUUCAGGCCCCAAACCGCUCCAGCCCAUCACCCUAAAAGUAGCAUCCCCAGACAACAACUCCAGCCCUCGUCCUCUCCCUGAUAAACAUUUAAGCAAUCCCGACACCCCUCCACAACCAAGAAGGGACCCAUCAGACUCAUGUUCUCCUUCUCCAUCUGUCAGCAACGUGAUGGCACCCUCCAGUCACGCCUCAGUCCUGGCCGCCGACUUUCAGCCCCAGCCUCCGCCCCUGGUGGCCGCUCCCCAGCGCCGGACCUCAUUCCCACAAGUGCAAAACCAGCCUCCUCCUCCCCCGCCUCCCCUGGUUCUCCCCAGGCUGUCCCACCACCCGCCCGCGUCUGUCCACAGACUGUCCCUGCACUCGGUCCAGGCUUUGGCGGUCAAGUCGGGACAGGUGCUGCUCACAGAGCGGGGGCCGCCCGUGGCGGAGGCUCUGGUCCGGACGCCCCCCCAGAACCUGCCGCCCCCCCAGACGGCGGCCGUCGACCUGAAAGUGCAUCCGGUCACGGUCCGGGAAAGUUCACCGUCGAGGCAAAUAUGCAAAGUGAAUGGAGUGAGCUCAGAGGAGAAGAAGGAUUCUUCAGAUCAACACAGAGAUGCGACUCCUACUCCUCUGACAGGAUCUCUGAAGAAGAGUGGUGCAGGAGCGAUGGAUUCGUCCUCCGUCACUUCAUGUCCCUCAGCGAUCAGCUCGCUGCUGGUUAAUGAGCCGGCUAAGCCCUCCACCACCACCAUCACCACCACCAUCACCACCGCCAUCACCACCACCAUCACCACCACCAUCACCACCACCACCAGCAGCAACCUUCCCCCUCCACCCCCCCCUCCUCUGCCUCCUCCCGUCCUCCCAGCUGCAGCCAGGAGCCCCAGCCGGCCUCCAUCUGCCCCGACCAGCCUCCCGGGAAGCCCCGACAGGUCAACUCAGGUCCUCACGCACCUCGUGGGGGGCUUCGUUAUCCGAGAGGGCCUGGAGCCAUUCCCGGAGGUGCAGACCAAUGGGGAUGCAGCGGAGCACAGUCCUGCCGAUGCCGACCAGUCCGAUUCAGAGGACUCUGAGAUGGAGAACGACGGUGAGGACCGCGUCUGCCGUGCGUUUGUGCGCACAUCAGAGACUCACGGCUGCUCCUCUGCGGCGGCAGAGCCCCGGGGGAACGCGGCCGGCGUGCUGAGGUGCGAGUACUGCGGCGGCAGAGGUCCCGCCCACACCUUUCUGCGCUCCAAGCGCUUCUGCUCCAUGACGUGCGUGAGACGCUACAGUGUGAGCUGCAUGAGGCGGGUCAACGUACAGCGAGCAGGCCGCUGGGCCCGCAGGCCCAUGGGCAGGAGAGGGCGACCCCCCAGCAGAGUCAACGGAGCCUCCAGAGAGCAUUUUCUCAGACAGGCUUUGGAGCCAUUUGGUCCGGAGAGGACUCGUCAGAGUUCACGGGAGGAGGAGGAGCCUCCCGUUCCCAUGACGACCCGGCUCCGAAAGCAGGCAGAGAGGGCGCGGGAGAGGGAAGCGGAGCAGACCACAAGAGAAACAAUCAUCAUCUCUGACAGAGAGGACGGCAGCUGUCCGUCUGAGUGGAACGUGGAGCGGGUGUUUUCCUACAUCAACACGCUGCCAGGUGGUGCUGCUGUAGCAGAGCAGUUUCGCUCUCAGGAAAUAGAUGGACAGGCCCUGCUGCUGCUCACCGAGGACCACCUGGUCAGCACCAUGAACCUUAAGCUGGGACCUGCGCUGAAACUCUGCGCGCACAUCAACUCUCUGAAAGAGGCCUAAAGGAGAGUGUGUUCUCAGGACCAGGACGCAGAGAACAUGAAGAGAACUCCUCGCUGCUCUGCACUCACAUACAACCUUUCAUUGUAGCAGAUUGUAUACGUUUAUCCAUUUGUUUCAAAAUGGUUUUAAUCAGCCUUUUUCAUUGGGAUCAUUUUUAAACAAAAAGAACAGGCCAGCCUUUACAUUGUCACGUAUGACGGGUGCUGUGCGAUCUAAAGGUCACAGGGCAGAUUAUUCCUUCUUUUCACGGAGAUUUGUUACAUUUAUCAUGAGAAAAUAAAUUUUAAUAAAUCUGAACAGCCAACUGAUAACAAGGUUAUUUAUUGUUAUUUAUUA